UUAUUGCAGACAUUUGAAAAAAAGUACCUGGCAUCUCUGCUUUACUGUUUGAUAAGCUUGAAGAUUCGUUCAGCGACAUUUUUGGCGAUUGCAAAACCAGAAUAUCACCGCUUUGUGGGUUUCUCGUAGGUUUUAGUUUAGCUGACGUCUUCUCACUGCACUUGGAGAAAUGGGAGUCAACGACGCGAUGAAUUACGUCCUGUUCAACAAUCCAGUUGCCACCAAUGUUUGGUCAUUUCUAUCAUCAAAUAAAUCCAAAACAGCUGCCAUCGCUCAGCAAGCGGCGACCCAUAGUGCCAAGGUGGUGGUGGUUUCGGAACCACUGCCACCACUUUGGAAGAUACUGGGACCACAUCGACAUAUACUGAAACUUGCCGGGCUAAGCGGUGCAGUAGCCGUUAUGCUCGGAGCUUAUGGGGCUCACCAUAAGUUCAAUAGUUUCGUCGAGAAGGAACGCGAUCCCAAAGCUAUCUUUGAAAUGACCAACCGUUAUCAUAUCAUCCAUUCACUGGCACUUCUUGCCGCUCCGUUGGCGAGAAAACCGGUUUUGACUGCCAUUCUAUUUUCCGCGGGAAUGGCUUUGUUUUGCGGCACUUGCUAUUAUAUUUCGUUCACCAACGAUCGUCGUGUAGCCAAGCUCACACCGGUUGGAGGAUUUCUGCUAAUUUUCGGCUGGCUUUCUUUUAUGCUCUAAGCAGACGAAUAACUGAUUGGCUAAAGCUUAGACGCUGCUUAUAUUCCAAUACAUGGGGGUAGUGUACUACGUUAUAAAAAUGUCAAAUUAAUGUGUCUGCGUUAAAA